CACAUUACACAUUUACCCUUUAUUUUUAGUUUAUAAAUAUACAUAUAUAAUUUUAGAAGACAGAAGAUUUUUUUUCUGAGUGAUGUCUUUAAGGUUUGUGGUAUCAUCUUGGAAUGUUCAUGGGCUUCCACCUAAAAAUGAUAAUUUAGACGAGUGGUUGCACUUACUGGAAGAUCAUCAUGACAAAUUAGCAGAUGUCUAUGUUAUUGGCAUUCAAGAAAUUCCAUCAAGUCCACCAUCACUUCUCCUUGACUACUACAUUCGAAAUGAUCCUUGGACCAAGAGACUACUUUUGUUUCUUAGUACGAAGGGAAUUGUUAUGGUUGAUUCUGUUCGAAUGAUGGGUUUGCUACUGUUGGUAGCAACGAAGCCACGCCAUUUACCACACAUACGAGAAAUCCGAACCACAUACACACGAACAGGUUUCUAUGGAUUAUUAGGAACCAAGGGAGCUGUGAGCAUUAGAUUUGAUCUUUAUAAUGAAUCGUUUUGUUUUGUAAAUAACCAUUUUGUUGCUGGUGAUCAGUAUAGCCUCCAACGGAAUGAUCACUUCCAAGCUGUCAUCUCAAAAACUCUUUUUCCUAAUUGCGAAUCAGCAUUGAUUACAGAUAACAGAUAUGUCAUUAUGCUUGGUGAUUUCAACUACCGUAUAGAUGACUUAGAAAUAUCUAAUAUAAAAGAACUAGUCAAUAAACAAGACUUUGAAGCUCUUCUCGCAAAUGAUCAGCUAUGUAAAAACAAAAAUGAUGAAAAGUGUUUUGUCGGAUAUAAUGAGUACAAGAUCACGUUUCCACCCACCUAUAAAUACGACCUCAACACAAAUGAUUUUGAUACCAGUUUGAAAGGUCGUUUACCAGCUUAUACAGAUAGGAUAUUAUGGCAAGAAGAAACCAAAGAAGUGUUAAGUAUGGAACAAACAACAUAUACAAGUCAUAUGUCGUACUCGAGUAGUGACCAUAAGCCGAUAAGUGGAGAAAUGAUUGUUCAAAUUCCGGCAAUGCUUUCAGAGUCUCCUGUUGUUGAGUUCAGAUUUGAUGAUUCGUACAUUCCAUGGACAUCGGAAGAGGAUGGUAUCUGCAUAUUUUACGUGAAAGGAUAUGAAACAUCAAGCUGGGAUUGGAUUGGUUUGUAUGCGCUGGAUUUUAAGAGUCCGAAAGAUUAUUACACGUAUGAAUGGUCUGUGUCUGGCGCAGAUGCGACAGGGACUGACGGUUGUAUGGUAUUAUUUGAUGAUGUACCUGAAGAGCACGGCUACUAUAUGUUUGGCUACUGGAGCAGAAAAAUGGAAUGUGUUUUAGGGUUUAGCGAACCAUUUCAUGUUGCUCCUGUUCCAGAGCCAGAUGAGCCGCAGCAAAUUACAGUUGAGAAUCCACCCGAAGCUGAUAGCGUACCACAAGUAGAGAUAAAUCAAGAAUUAACAUCCGAGCAGGCUUAAAUACACAAAAUACAUAUUAAAGUCAUUUAUUUAUUGCUGCGCUAAGCAGCGUUUAUAGUGGUUACGCAUGCGCAUUACCGUUUUUAUUAGAUAAAAAUUAAACAAAACUCCAAUGGCUUUUAUGAAGACACACGUCAAUGAAAUCAAUCGUUUUAUUGGAACAGAGGAACAUUACUUGUUGUGCAUUAAUGUAGCUGUAUGUGGAAAUAUUUAUUUGGCAUUUCAGAAGUUUUGCAAUCUUCGUAUAUGAGUGCGUUGUUGAUUUUAAAUGCGCAUAUCGCCUUUGUUUUGUGUGUAUACUUUGCAGUUUUCUUCUUGUAUCUGUGUGUAAUUAUGCGCACACUAGCUAUAUUUUGUGUAUGUUUUUGUGUAUGUUUUUGUUACGUGACCAAAACAAUCCCAAGAAACAGGAUAUGGUAUUUUCGAAGUCACGUUCGCAUCGAGAAAUUUAGUAAAAGCAUAAUUUCGUGAGCAAGAAACUAAUAUUUGUUGCUGUGGUCACGAAAGUUUAUCACUGAAACUCGAAAUGUUUGUGACAACGCUCCACAACGCACGUCUUUUUUGAUGACAAUUGCCAACCUUGAACACAAAGUAAAAAGUCAGUUUUUCAAUGAAGUCAUGAAAACCUGAUAAAGGGAAGAGAAUAAACUCAAACAUUUUGUUUUCUCUUGUGUGUCACGGCAGCCAGUCAUUGCUAUGGUUGCUACAUUUUUAACUAUGUCCUUAUAUCAGAUCCUCCGAAGCAGUUUUAUAAAGAUCUAAAAAAUUCAGCAAAUUUUGGAACAACUUUAAUAGGAUUUCGAUAUUUUGCUUUACCAAUUGCAAGUCCUAGUUGGAACACUUUCUUUUUGAUUUCCAUUGUUUUACCUCUGCUGCUGUUAAGAAACAAAUUACAAAUUACCCUGUAGCUUUACUUUAUUGUACAAAUCUAUACAUGAAUAGACGUAAGGCAUGUGCAUGCAAGAUAAGAGUACGCCACACCACAUCAAUAAUAAUUUUUUAGAGUAAGAAUCCGGUUUCUUUUAUAUCAAAUUCAAUAACCCUAUUCAAGGAAUAAAAGAAGUUGUCAGAAAUACUAAAAGAAACAUUCAGUUAGGAAAGUUGGCAAAAUUUUAAAACAAAUUAUUUGUGUGUUGAUUUUUUUUACUUUUAUACUAUGUUGGUGUUAUGUGAGAUUUCGUUUUUGUUUUCAUAUCAGCACGUGGCUUGUUGUUUUCGUGUCCGAAUUUAUUGAAGUAUUUAUUUAUCAUGGAAUGGAAAAUAAAUAAAUAUUAUAACUCCUUUGUCUCAA